AUGAUGGCAGCUGUCACAAACAACAACUCGCUGAUCAAAGCGGUCUACCAGGGUCGUCUCCGCCUGACCCGCCUUCUUCUGGAGGGAGGGGCUUACAUAAAUGAGAGCAAUGAGCUUGGCGAGACACCGCUGAUAAUUGCGUGUAAAUCUAAAAACACUGACAACCAGGGAGUUCCCAGGGCAAAGAUGAUCGCUUAUCUUCUGGAAAGCGGUGCAGAUCCAAAUAUACAGGACAAAAGUGGUAAGACAGCCCUAAUGCAUGCCUGCCUAGUACAAGCUGGACCUGAGGUAGUGUCCUUGCUCCUGAGUAGUGGAGCUGAUCCCUGUCUGGAGGAUCACAGUGGCUUGUCGACUCUGAUCCAUGCCAUCAAUUGUAGUGAUGAGAUAACACUAAAGCUACUAAUGGACUCCUUUAAAGCAAGAGGUAAAGAGGUCAUCAUCAUCACCACAGAAAGACUUGCCUGUGGUAGGCUGAUGGCCAAACAGUAUCUUAAAGUUCCUCCAAUGACAGAGGAACAGAUGUCCUGUGCUUCUCCUUCUGAGAUUCACCUUAGCACAUCACCCCAAGAGACGCUCUCAUCCAGCCCCACAGAGGAUAUGUUUUCUUUUCAUGAGCUUCAGAUCAUGGCCAGCUCUCAGAAAAGCUCUUCUGUUUACCAGUCACCUUUAGUAAAUAGGAGAGUAAACAAGUUCCAAAGACUACAAAGACUACACUCAGAACCCUGGCUGAAGAUCCCUCAAUCUUUUCUAGCCCAAAACCAAGCCCAAAAUAAUUGGCCUGUAGAAGAUUUGCCUGACAUAACACCUGAAGAACAAAAUGCUUUCAGAAUGGACACACUGGCUUUUGGUUCUCCUCUCUUACGUCACUGCAGUGCUGACCUAAAAGGAGCAACCUGUUUGAUCCAGACUCAGCUUCAAGAAAACUACACUACAAGUGAUGAUAAAGGUUUAAAACCUGACAGGGUAUUGUCUCGUAACAUGUCCUUUGAUGGUUUAUCUUCAAUCCACUCUCUCUCCCACCCAAAUCUAAACUCAAAAGAAAGCACAGAGUUUACAACCCCUGAAAGUGGCCCAGAUAAGACCCUCCCUGAUCUUGCAGUGUCCAGUCUCUGCAAAAUCAUCCAACGCCGAAAGCUUGGGUUGGACUACUACGGCUCUGAUUCUCAGCUUUCGGUCUCGGGCGACUACCCAGGAGAAUGUAAAAGACAGAGUGAGAAAACGCAGCUUGUGACCUCACUCGCCUCGACUCUGGCAAGCUCACGGGAGCCUUUUGAGAUAAAUGCACAGAAAAUACCUUCAGUAAACCCAGAAAUAAAUAAAUCAGAAGCUUUUCAAACAGAUUCAUUGUUUAACCCUCGACCAAGCUUCCUUCCACCAUUAAAUCAUCAAUCUCCAGUACCAUCAGCCUCCAGCAAUAAGCCAACAUGUGGUUUAGUGUCAGUGAUAAAGCAGUAUCUUCCCUCUGCUCCUCCUGGAUUGCCAAAGACCAGAAGAAUGCUGAUGAGAAGGCACUCUAUGCAGACUGAGCAAAUGAAACAGCUGUGGUAA